AUGACGACCGUGCACCGGCACAGCUUGACGAGGCUGACGGCCAGCGAGCAGAACGAUAGCCAGGUUGGCCUGAAUAUCGUGUUCGUCCAUGGACUGCGAGGUCAUCCUCGCGGAACCUGGGAGGCGGCGGCAGCGGCAGCGACAGCGACGACGACGACGACGACGACGAGCGCAAGCAACAGCAGCGAUACCACGGCUAAGAAGCCCAAAGGCCUGAAGUCUCUGUUCAAGCAACGGACAGCUAGGACGCUAUCGACAAGCGCAGAACAAGCGCAGUCGCCCUCUAGCCCCGCAUCGUCACCACCACGGGCCACCGUCUUCUGGCCCGAAGCGUACCUCGCAGCAGACAUCCCGCAGACUUGCGUGUGGACGUACGGCUACAACGCGGACGUCAUUGGCGGUCUUUUCCAAGCCAACAACAAGAACAGCAUCUCGCAGCAUGGCCGAGAUUUGUCGGUCAGGCUGGAGAGAGAGAUUGACAACGAGAAACCACUUGCGUUCGUAGUACACAGCCUUGGUGGCAUUAUCCUCAAAGAUGCUAUCCGCCGGUCAGAGAUGGUUCGCGGCCGGACGAAGCUCGUUAUCUUCCUCGGCACGCCGCACCGGGGCAGCGCGUACGCAGGCUGGGGUCAGAUCGCCUCAAAUCUCGCCCGCCUUGCUCUCCAAGACUCGAAUAAGAAGAUCCUCGAGACGUUCGAAGUAAACAACGAGGUCCUGGACAACAUCCACGAAGAGUUUAAAACGUUUGUGUUUGCAGGAGCUAUAAAGAUUUAUUCCUUCCAGGAGGCACAGGGCAUUACGGGUAUGAAGGGCGUGAGCGCGAAGGUGGUGGACGACUUCUCGUCGAAACUCGACCUCCCGCGAGCGCUAGAGACGGUGGAGAGCAUCGACGCGAACCACAUGCAGAUGGCUCGAUACAGCAGCCGAGACGACCAGGGGUACCGUGCUAUCUCUGGUGUGUUGAAGGCCUUUGUGCGGCAGGAGCUAGGAGGCCAGCAGGUACCUCUAGCUGUUGCUGCGGACACGGCGGACGUUGCAUUGCCCUUUGCACAGGAUGACAUGUUCGUCGGCCGAGAGGACAUCAUCGCCAAGAUUAGCGAGCGCAGAGCAGCUGCAUCUUCGCACACACGCGUAGCUUUGGUCGGGCUUGGAGGUGUUGGGAAGUCGCAGAUUGCUAUUGAGUGUGCAUACAGAACCCAAACUGCAGAUCCGCAAGUGCUAGUAGUCUGGAUACACGCAAGCAGUCCUACUAGGUUCCAGCAAGGAUACAGAGACAUAGCGGACAGGCUUCUGCUGCCUGGGCGCGAAGACCCCAAGGCAGACGUCUUGCAGCUCGUGCAUGCCUGGCUGUCAGAUGGGCGGAACGGGCGGUGGCUGAUGAUACUCGACAACGUUGAUGACGAUAGCGUUUUCUUUAGUGAUGACCAGGGCGGCAAGCCGCUUGGGAGCUUCCUUCCACAGACAGCGAACGGAACAAUCCUGAUCACGUCCAGGAACACUGUGGCAGCCACUAACCUUGUCGGCGGACACGGCGGCGUUGUCGAGGUAGAGCCGAUGGGCGAAGAGGACGCGCUGGCGCUGCUCCACACCAGGGUGCCGUUUGGCGAGGCCACUCGAGCAGACGCCAAGGCGCUCGUCCACGCGCUAGAGCGCAUACCUCUCGCCAUCACACACGCUGCAGCGUACAUCAAGACACGUGCGUCUACGACGACCAUAUCUACCUACCUCAAGCUGUUUCACAAGAGCGAGGCGAACCAGGUGCACCUACUGAGCCGGAAGGAGUGGAAGGACAUUCGGCGCGACCACAGCAUCCGGCAUGCAGUGAUCGCGACAUGGCAGAUCUCGUUCCAGCACAUGCAGGCGACGGAGCCGCAGGCGGCCGAUCUGCUUGCGCUGAUGAGCAUGUUUGACAAGCAGGGGAUUCCGCGCUGGCUGCUGCAAGGCACCACUAGCCAGCUAGACUUUGACGACGCUCUAGCGCCGUUGCUCAGCUUCUCGCUAGUGAAGACGGAGGUCGGGGAGCAGGCGUUGGCGAUGCACCGGCUGGUGCAGCUGUCGAUGAGGCGGUGGCUGGAGGCAGAGAGCGAACUGGGCCGGUGGGUGAAGGAGUCGAUAGAAGCUCUGAGCGCGGCGUUUCCAAGUAGGGAUUACGGGACGUGGGAGCAGUGCAAAGUGCUGCUGCCGCACGUGAAAGAGAUAGUAGCGCAUAGGACGGAAGACAGAGAAGGGGAGGAGAAGCAGGCGGAGAGCGCUUCGAGGGCAGGAUGGUAUUUACUGCUGCAUGGAGAGUACACGGCAGCGGAGGGGCUCAUUCGACUGUCGUUAGAGAUCAGGGAGAAGGUGCUUGGGGUCGAGCACCCACACACGCUCACCAGCGUCAGCAACCUUGGGUCGGUGCUGGAGAGGCAGGGAAAGUACGACGAGGCAGAGGCGAUGCACCGACGAGAUCUGGAAGGAUCAGAGGAUGCACUUGGACCGAAGCACACAUCGACGCUGAACACAGUCAACAACCUGGGCCUUGUCUACAGGAAGCAAGGCAAGCUAGGCGAGGCUGAGCAGAUGUACAUACGGGCGUUGCAAGGCUACGAGGAUGCACUUGGACCGAAGCACACAUCGACGCUCCUCACGGUUAACAACCUGGGCUUGCUCUACGCGGACCAAGGCAAGCUAGGCGAGGCUGAGCAGAUGUACAUACGAGCGUUGCAAGGCUACGAGGAUGCACUUGGACCGAAGCACACAUCGACGCUGAACACAUUCAAUAACCUGGGCCUUCUCUACAGGAAGCAAGGCAAGCUAGGCGAGGCUGAGCAGAUGUACAUACGGGCGUUGCAAGGCUACGAGGAUGCACUGGGACCGAAGCACACAUUGACGCUGGACACUAUCGAUAAUUUAGACAGCCUCUAUAAGGAGAUGAACAUCCAAGUGGCUCGACAAGUAGUAGUUGUGGGCUCCCGGGGUCAUUCACCGGCUCUCAAGGCGGCCUCCAUUGAAGAAUACAGCCAAGCCAUAGACGAGAGCCAGGGUGCAGAAGACAAUUAUCCGAGGUCAGAGGAGACGAACCACGACAGCCGUACCAGGUACCCGCCAACGACAGUAGACAUCACCGCCACAGCAAGCUCCGCGGUCUCUCGAGAUAUCUGGUCAUCCUCACACGGUCAGAACACGAUUGAUAUCUCGACAAUCCCGACUUCGGUGGAUCCGGGAGGCGAUCAAGAAGGAAAAGGGGAUCGAUCGUCAACCGACAACACAUCGAUCUACACUUCGGAUAUUCCUGAAUCUUUAGCCUACGCUCAAGAGCUAGCUACCAACUUCUUCAAGAUUUCCGAGCCCCUUCCUGACGUCAAGUACUUGAAGAGGAUCCACGAAGUCCUUCCCGAUCUUCUUCGGGGAUUUGCUCUUAGAAUCGGUGCCGAAAGUCAAAGCCCGGAGCACUUCAAGAUGAUGAAAUUCAUUCAUGGAAUAAGAGGGUCAAUCACUUCCCGGUUCGAGGAGUGUUAUUUGAAUGAUCACACUGAUACCGAAAAGCUGCAACAACGCACUCUGGACGACAUGCUUCUGGACGAAAUAUUCGAUAGGUGGCAGGUGGACCCUGUGACGGACGAUCCAGAUAUAGACCCAACAUUGCAGACUCUCCCUGACACGCAACAAUACUUCGACGACGAAGGUGAUGACGUUGACGGUGACGGUGACGGUGACAAAUCGAGAGAAGAUGACUCGCAGCUAUCAAUGUAUCGAAGUAUUAUCACUAACUCCACUGCGUUUCAGUGGCUUGUACGUCGAGUGCAUCGAGAGACGAGUCUUACGGCGUCGGAGGCCAACAAGAUGCAUGCUAUUGCCACUCAAAUCAGGCAGGCCUUGUACUCUCAACGGCAGAAUCGUCUUAUCAGCAGCAGGAAAGGGCCACCAACAUGUUCAAUGGUCCUCAAAUCCGACUGGGACCCUCUUGCCUUUAUUGCCCGGCAAGAAUAUGCCGAAGAGCCUGGCGAUGCAAUAGAAGAAGCAAUUGUACUCGUGCAGGGGGUGAAUGAGGACACAGAAGCGAUGCCAUGCGCGGAAUAUCUCAGUCGCACAUGGCCCCUAUUUGGGGAAUACUUUAUGGAACUGGUGAGGCACGUUGUGCUGAGCGAGCCAGGCUUGAGAUAUUCGAGUCAGUCAAUCGUUCGUAUCCGGGUUGGUACAUCUGCUAAGCCAUAUGUAGUCAGUCUUUUUGACAGCACGACAAUUACGGCGUGGUUUGAGCCAUCUGGGUGCUUUGCCGUAGAAGCAGCUGGAGUGGUAGAAACUAUUGUCGAAAUUGGAGAAGUAUACGGAUGGAUGACAGCGGCUCUGCGAUCAUCGUCGACCGACAAAAUCACAGCUAUCACCCCCAUUCUUGAGAUCAGUGCCGAAACCAAUGGCAAGUCGUUCCAGGCUUACUUUAGCCAGAAACAAUCGGACAGCUUCUUGUGCUCUACGGGACAGUGCUGGCAGGAUCUCUUCUGGAAUCCGGUUGUUGUUACCGGUUUUCCUGUACGAUGUCGCGAACCAGGACAAGAACCAGGCCUUGAAUGCUCGCUCGGCAUGUUGACAGCGCUGCUGAGGACACGAAACAUGGCCGUCUUUUGCAACACAGUCUCCAUCAAAGGCUUCUGUACGAUGCUAGUACCGACAAAGUAUUCCGACGGCACGGUGUACUGGCACGUUUUGUUCAAUGAAGACGGGAGUCGGAUUUCCUUUACAGACCCCCGCGUUCAUGCCGUUGUCGGAGACUUUGACGUCAUGAAAUACCUAACUCUGUCCGGCAUCCGUUCAGCCCGUCAUAUCGUAGGCUGGUGCGAAGCCGCCAGAAACUACGCCGGCGCAAACGAAGCAAACUAUGUAAUUGACAGAACGAGGCUUAAGGAGCCCAAUUCUCGAAUUGCGCUCGAUCGCAUCACCGUCUCGGGAGGGAAGUUCGUAUCCGUAGGCUUCUCGGUAGCAAUCGGCAAAAAAGAUAAGCCUGCCCGGGUACAAAAGACAUCAGAGUACCACAAGCAGCUCGAGUGGGCGGAACGGCGAUUCGUGGUAUUUUACGAGCCGGAAGACCGCCGCGCCUGGCUUGUCGACGGGCUGAGCGCCCUACUUCACCUCGUCCGGGCGCAUGUUACCCACCGGAGGGCAAAGGGCCGAGGAGUUAUCUUUGAAGACAAAGAAACCAAAGAAGCCGACCCGCCGCAUACAGGAAAGACGGCGGCGGAUGCAUUCCUCCGCAACAAGGACAAUAUGGACCUCCGAAUUUACGAGAGAUGGAACAGGCCUGUAAUCGAAUCAAGCGCCGAGGGCAGCAAUGAGCCAAAGUCAACCGUAAAAAGACAACAGACGUUUGAACACCUGGUGGAUCUAGUCGGCGAUAUUUUCGGCAUUCUGAGCAUGCUUUUCGACCUUCAGGAAGACGCAUCGACGGUGGACGGGUUCGGAGCAAGAGUCCGUGCCUCACCCAGAAGAUAUCUCGAUGGGUGGGAUUUCUUUGAUGUGGCUACGUUAGAAGAAACUGUGUGGCCAAAAACAGUGUCGCUUCUAGACACCGGGCUCGGCUGGAUAGACCUUAUACGGUCCAUCCAUGCCGUCACCCUCUUUGGCGUGGGUUUUGGGGAAAUUGUGCAACCCACAGCAAUCGCCCAACCUGAAGGGAAAGCUGCGGCUCAAAGUCAAGUUCACGAAGGAAAAGACGGCAUUGCAGUGCCCGCUGCGGCUAAUCCGCUGACGGACCGACCUGAGGGAGAAGCUAUAGUCGAUGCAACCGCUCCCGCAAGUGAGGGAGGCAACGCCUUACAGGCUUCACGAGGAAGUGAGGAUAGUGAUGCCGUCUCUGUUGCGGUGGUGGGCCGUUUCUGCACUCGAUGGCCUAUUCUACCAAAGGGGAAGGACCUACUUGCUACUACGACUGCGGUCAUUAAAGACAUAAGGGAGAGUGUGUAUAAGGAUCCGCCGGCGGCCAACAACCGGUUCUGGUUGACGAAAAAUCUAUACUGGCACAUUCCAGACAAGGCCUUCGAGAAAUGUCACUGUGGAGAAGGUAAACUGUGCGACCGUGUCCAAGUAUUGCUGCCCACGAAAUUCCCCAACAUCUUCGCCCGGGCCUUCCGGAGCCCGAGCGAGCCGCUUCCCGUGAAUGGGGCCGUCAUCUUCGGGCACAGUUGGAGUUUCCCUCUGCGGUGGCCUUCGAAGGUCGAGUCCGCACCCGAAGAAGAGCCUGUAGGGCAGCUACCGCCACCACUGGCGGCUAGUCAGGGCCUACAAUUGGCUCCUCCGAGCGAUAGCGGCCUCGGGACCAGUGUGGCAUCUUCGUUUCGGGGCAACGCCUCGAAUCGGGUGGGCGUCGAUUCUGACGGCAAAAGGAGUGUCAGGAAGUUCAUUUCGCGUACAUGGGCAAGGUUAAGUGCAGCAAGGCGGAGUGAGAAUUAG